AUGGCUAGCAAGUUUAGUGAGCUAGAGCGCGCUUCUUUGGUAGUGCUCGACAUCUUCAAAACUAUCCCGGAACUCCAGACUGCGAAGGUCGCCAUCAUUGGCGGUAUGGCCUUGUGGAAGUACUUGCCAGACUAUAGAACGACGCAGGUUUGUAAUCUCCGAUUUACGCUCUCCCCCGUUCGUGCUAAUUGUUUCAGGGACGUUGACUUCUGCAUCACGGCGACCGGAGCACCUAGUUCUGUGGAGACUAAACUUCUUGCUGUUGCUAAUACCCCAUUCAAACAACUUGCGGAUCUUUUCGUGUACGAUGACGGUAAACAAAUCAUUCAAAUUGAUAUCGUCAACACGAUGCAGUUACCAUACCUACCGUCAGCGGCAGCUGCAGUCAACACCAUCCCUACCGGUUUUAUCCCAUACGUAUCGGAGAUUGACCUCAUUGUCUACAAAAUCUUUGCGUGUGGUCUUCGUCCGACUGCGGCGAAGAAGCAGCGGGAUGCAAACGAUGCAUAUUUUUUGCUUGAACAGCAACAAGGGAGGCCGCAGCUAAGCUCUCAGCAAAAGGAAUGCAUUACACCUGCUUUGCAGGACGUAAUCAUGAAUGGAUCCAACAAAACGGACCAAGCGUGGUGGAAGGCGAAACUGGGGCUUUGAUUGGCUUUUCAACUGAAAGCGAUUUGUGAGGUAGAGCUGCUUUGUCUGAAUGAAUAUGUUAUUACAUGGCGUUGGUCUCGCAUGCAAACACUGUGAAAGCCACCAGGUCUUCAGACAUCCAGGGCGCACCA